UGUUAACCUCCAGUAUACCCUCGUUGAGCCGCCGAAGAUGGCUAUUCAUUUACGAACCCGAAUCAGAUUUCCAGAUCACUUAAACCAAAAAUCCAGUGGCUAUUUCCUCUCGAUUUGCCGAUUUUUCUCCAAAUCUCUCUCUGAAAUCCCUUACGAUCCGCCAUUUUCUCCUGUUUCGAAGCUCCAAAAGGCGAAGAAGAAGAAGAUCCAAGAUGGAAAUUCGAAUUCAAUCAAAAACCCUACUCUUCCUCUUCAUUCCGAUCUUCCUUUCGAUUUCUUCUACUCCUACUCCGAGACCAAUCCCUCGGUUAAUCCGAUAGGCUAUCGAGAAUCUCCCAAAUUCUCGCCGUUCGGACCUGGCCGACUUGACCGCAAAUGGACUGGAACUUCGGCUCCUUCAGAGGUGGAAGUGAAAAUAAAUGAAGUGUUAGAGGAGAGAAAACGGAUUCUUGGAGAUCCAUUAUCGGAGGAGGAAGUUGCAGAGCUUGUGGAACAGUAUCGGCAUAACAAUUGUUCUCGGCAAAUCAAUCUUGGAAAAGGGGGAGUUACUCAUAACAUGUUGGAUGAUAUACACAACCAUUGGAGAAGGGCUGAAGCUGUGAGGAUCAAAUGCUUGGGAGUGCCAACUCUUGAUAUGAACAAUAUAUGUUUCCAUCUUGAGGACAAGUCUGGUGGGAAGAUUAUAUAUCGACAUAUCAAUAUCCUUCUGUUAUACCGUGGUCGAAACUACGAUCCCGAGAAUCGACCAACUAUACCUCUUAUGUUGUGGAAACCUUAUGCACCAAUAUAUCCAAAGCUUGUGAAGAAUGUGGCUGAUGGCUUGUCAUUUGAGGAAACAAAGGAAAUGAGAGGCAGGGGAUUGAAUUCUCCUCCUCUUAUGAAACUAACGAGGAAUGGUGUAUAUGUUAACGUCGUGGAGAGAGUUAGAGAAGCUUUCGGGUUCGAGGAGGUGGUUCGACUAGAUUGCACUCAUGUUGGAAGCAGUGAUUGCAAACGGAUAGGCGUUAAAUUAAUGGAUUUGGUACCUUGUGUACCCAUUUUGUUCAAGGACGAGCAGAUUAUACUGUGGAGAGGGAAGAAAGAUCGUGAAGAGGACGUGAACUCGUAGAUGGUGGAUGUUGGACGUCGGGGACGUGCGUGUGGAACACGCGGUCUCUGUUAUCAAUGAUGUUAUAGAUGAUGAGAGGAUGGAUUUUCUUCAAGGAUGAGAAAACUAUAAUGUGUACUCAUUUUGUUCGGAGAUGAGAAGAUUAUAUAGUGGGGAGGGAAGAGAGGACGAGAAGAGAGCACGAACCCGAAGAAGGUCGAUGCCAACAGCGAGAGGAAAUGUAGCUUGAAUGAGUUUUGGGAAUUUGUUGAUGUUCAUUUCUCAAACCUUGUGUUGUAAUGUUGAAGUUGAGCAUCUCGACUAACCUUCUCAUGCAAGUUUAUGCUCGUUAUAGAUCUUAGACUCGAACAUCUUUGAUUAAUAUCAUUGUAACAGCUCAAGCUCAUCGCUAGUAGAUA